AUGGCCACGGAGUCUCUCACCCCGUGGCCCGGCAAUGACAGCAGGACCCUGUGCCCUGUGGAUGUCACCUUCGCCCAGCGCUUCUUGCCUGCCGUCUACCUGGUGGUGAUCCCGCUGGGGCUGGCGGGGAACGGGCUGGGACUGUGGCACAUGUGCACCGGCCCCCAGCAGCGUGCCCGCCAUCCCCUGGGCUUGCUGGUGGGCAACCUGGGUCUGGCCGACCUGCUGUACGUCAGCACGCUGCCCUUCCUCGUCAGCUACUACCUGCAGGGCAGAGUGUGGCUCUUUGGACCCGGCUGGUGCCGGAUCACCCGGGGCCUCUUCCACCUCAACCUCUAUGCCAGCAUCGGCUUCCUCACCUGUAUCAGCAUCCACCGCUACCUGGGCAUCGUGCACCCACUGAAGGCUCGGGGCAGGUGCCAGGGGGCAACUUCUUCAGCGUGGCUCAGCACGACGGUCUGGAUGUGGGUCAUUGCGCAGGUAGCUCCCGAUUUCAUCUUCAGCAAGAUGGACGACAUGGGGACACGGUGCCACGACACGACCGGGAACGAGAACCUGGGAGUUUACUUGCCAUACACUGUGGCCAUCACUGUGACUGGGUUUGUCAUCCCAUUCCUCAUCAUCAUCGGAUGUUACUGUCACGUGGUGGUGGUGCUCUGCAGGAAUGACACCAUGGACCUCAGCCUCAGGAGAAGAAGCAUCAGACUGGUGAUUCUUGUGAUGGUCCUCUUCUCCAUCUGCUUCCUUCCUUACCACGUCUUCAGAAUCCUCAGCUUGUUGUCUCGAGGCUGGCAGCUGCAAGGGUCCUGCACACAGGCUUCAAAGCACAUUUACGUUUCCUACCAGGUGACCCGGGGCCUGGCCAGCUUCAACAGUGCCCUCAACCCCCUGCUCUACGUGAUGACCAGCAAAGACUGCAUGUCAUGUAUGAGGACCAUCCGCCAAAGAGCCAGCCAGUCGCUGGGGUCCACCUUCAGGAGCAAAACCUCUUGCCAGGCAGAUGAGAAGAAGAUGAGCAUCAUUCUUCGUGAGGUGGAGGCUUCUGAUGACCUCUGAGGUACCCAACACCCCCUCCAAAGGAUGCACCACUUCUGUUUGCUCUUGGCCCCAUCUUGGGAGCAGCCCCCCAGCCUUGAUGCCUGUUUUACAGAGAGGUGGUGACUGCAGCAUCACUGGCUCAUCUCACACAGGGAUAGACAGGACUGCUGGCAUCAGAGCACAUACUGGGACCAGGUUUUAGAGCAAAGCUACUCAACCCAACCAUUUUGCCUACAGUAACUUGGAGAUGGAAAGAGGUGAACAUUGCGUUUCCUCCAGUCCUGAAGUAUUUCUCAGUUCAGCCUCC